CUGUGUGCCGGUGGACUUUGAGGUCGUCAAUGUGGACUCAACCAUGGACUCAGAAGACGACAUCAAUAAUGCCAUCAUGGCCAUCAGACGCAAUGGAGUUGCACUGAAAGGAAACCUUGAGACCAACCACAACUUGCCUCCCUCCUAUAAGUCCAGGAACAACCUGCUGCGCACUACUUUGGACCUUUAUGCCAACGUGAUGCACUGCCAGUCUCUGCCUGGAGUCAGGACUCGCCACAGAAACAUCGACAUCAUGAUCAUCAGGGAAAACACUGAGGGAGAGUACAGCAGCCUGGAGCACGAGAAUGUGCCGGGCGUUGUUGAAUGUCUGAAGAUCAUCACCAGGACCAAGUCUUUACGCAUCGCUGACUAUGCAUUUAGAACGGCUCGUGAGAAAGGACGUACACGAGUUACUGCCGUUCACAAAGCUAACAUCAUGAAGUUGGGUGACGGUCUUUUCCUGGAGUGUUGUAAGGAGGUUGCAGGCGGUUACCCUGAAAUCACCUUUGACAGCAUGAUUGUGGACAACACCACCAUGCAGCUGGUUUCUAGGCCCCAGCAGUUCGAUGUGAUGGUGAUGCCCAACCUGUACGGUAACGUUGUGAGCAAUGUGUGCACCGGGCUGGUUGGUGGACCAGGCCUGGUACCAGGAGCCAACUAUGGAGAGGACUACGCUGUGUUUGAGACGGGCACCAGGAACACCGGGAAGAGCAUUGCUAACACCAACACGGCGAACCCCACGGCCAUGCUGCUGGCCUCCUGCCUGCUGCUGGACCACCUGAAGCUCCACGCCUACGCCAACAUGAUCCGCAGAGCCAUCCUGUCCACCGUCACCGAGACCCGGCUGCACACCGCUGAUCUGGGAGGUCAAGGCUCCACAUCUGAGGUGGUUCAGUCCAUCAUGAAGGCCGUGGAGAGCACCGGACCCCGAACACUGAGCCUGUAGAACACAGUGUGGGAUUAAAACAUCCUCCUGUAGCUCCUCUAUGCAAUUUUAUAGCAACAACAUAAUAUAUGACACUGAAAUGAAACUGUAAAAACAAACCGUUUAAAUGUCUCUGCAACAGCUGAUAUUUAUUCUGAAGGUUUAGAACUCCCUGUUUGAAGUAUUUUACAGUGCUUUCUGACUUUAGUUUUAGCACUUUAUUUGCCCUGAACACAUCAUUACAAUGCUUACUGUAUGAAAAAUAACACAGAUUACAGUGUUUGAGUCCCACCCAGUCUUUUCCAUGUGUAUGUUUGGUUUAAUAAUUGAGGCAAACCAGCUUCUUCACACAUUUUAACAUUAACUUUAUACUAACCUAAUGAAACUACCCUCAAACUGUUGCUCUGACCUCUAAUAAAGUUUGUUUUCACUGUAAAUCA